AUGGCUGCCCCCGCUCUCCCCACCAGUGGGUUGAUCGAUCCAACAAAACAAGCCGAGUAUCCUAUUGUGCUGGGUGACAGGCUCGCUGGCAAGGGCACGUCGAACUCCCAAUUAGUCAACAUUCAAUAUAACUACAAAACCAAAUCUGCGACCGCCCGAUCUAAAAUCUCUCGAUCAAGGCAAUCUCGGGACCGUUUCAAUUUGACGAUCACGGACAAAGCACCAAAUGCUGAGCAGAAUGUGUUGACCUACACAUAUCAAGGCAGUGUAGAUCCGGCACAAGCUGCGCUGGAAUCUGCUGAACAUAAUCUGGUCCUGGUGUUUGACGCCAAUCGGAAAGUGUUCGUACUGGAACCGGUAACGACACAGCUCAACUUCAAUCUUCGGUCAGCCCCAGCGAAGUCACACAAGCAGGUCCUUGAACAAUAUGAGCAACUACGAAUGUUACAGGAGGAAGACCAUGGAUCGGGUGACGAUCGGGCGUCUGACAAUGCCAGUGGUAAUGAUGACGGCCCAGCGGAUGACAACAACCCAUUCGAUUUUCGUCAUUUUCUCCCAAAGGAGAACGCCGAUGACGACAGAUCCGCUUCAGACACCAGUGUAGGCAAAGCGGCGACACCCUUAAUGUCUGCUAUAAAACCCACUCCGAGUCCCAAGCCCUUGCCGGACAAGCAGAAGCAGCGGGAACCACUGCUUCGGAAAAAGGAGCGUGCAGAGGCUGUCAAACACCCGAAGUCCACACCGACAAAAGCAGCACCAAAGUCUCCGGCAUGGACCGAACGCAAGGGAACUGACCGGAAGGUCGUCAAAGAGGAUGACGUGCGGGUGAGCACAGCGAAACCCCCGCCGGCUGAGACUGGCUUGGGGUUGGUCUCGUCCCAGAUCACCGAGCCUUCGCCGGGGUCAAAUAUCAUCAUCGACGGUGAUCUGAUCAUCGAAAUGGGCUCGCCGCGGCCCUCGAGAAUUGACACGACCUACUUCUCCGAUACGCACACACCGGCCAGUGACGAUCACGAGGAGGAAGACGAUGAAGAUGUUGACCAUCUCCGACUUCCUUCACCAACCCGUCACGGGAAAGCGCCUGCAGUCCGCGAGCCUGUCUCUGCGCCACUCGUGGAUGAAGAUGAGCUGGAUGAUGAUGACGCCCUGGCCGCUGAGAUGGAAGCGGCCUUUGAAGAAAGUGCGCGGGAGGAAGAAGAGGCACGUAGCCACCAGUCGCAGCCACCAUACUCGUCGCAUCUCUACCACGCACCUAGUGAUGAUGAGAGCGAGUCUUCAAGUAGGGUGACUGAAGAAUACUCGAUCGGAACCUUACCCCAAGCUUGCCUGCGCUUGGACUUUGCCGAUAAAGCUCAUAUGCACACGAUGGCUUCUCCGCGCGGCCACCGCCCAAGUCCAAGGCCUGUUCCUGCGCCUUCGAAUUCCGUCCUCCUCGCAACCCAAGCUCAGUGGCUCUUCACCGAUGAGGAGCUCACACGAACGCCGUCACAGCUCGAUGGUAUGAAAAUGGAGGCGGAAAAUACAUCCCGCAGCAAGGGCGUGAAUUUCAUUUCCCAGGUGGGUAUCAUGCUCAAGCUGCCGCAACUCACGCUUGCGACGGCCGCCGUCUACCUCCAUCGUUUUUUCAUGCGAUACAGUAUGGUCGAUCUACCGCAACGACCCGGAAUGCACCCCUACCCCAUCGCUGCUACGGCCUUGAUGAAGGAGCUUGUGGUUGCUUGCUGUCGGGUCGCCCAGAAGCAGCCGAAUCUGGUGGUUGACGAGCAGUCCAAAGAGUUCUGGAAAUGGCGCGACACGAUCCUCGUCAACGAGGAUACCCUGCUGGAGGCACUGUGCUUCGACCUGCAGCUGGAAGAGCCGUAUCGCAUCCUCUACGAAUUCCUGCUGUUCUUCGGCGUGGCCGAUAACAAACAGAUGCGCAAUGCGUCAUGGGCUUUCUUUACCGCUCGCAACAUUGCCGCCGCCGCCCUAUACGCUGCCGCCAAGCACUGCGACGUCGGAUUUGAAGACGACGAACUCGGUCGGCCCUGGUGGGAGCAAAUCGAUGUGGACAUCAACGAGGUGCGUCGUACGGUCACGAGAAUGGCACAGUUAUAUGAAAACAAUGCCCUGCAAAGAAACACGUACUACCUGUCCGCCCCCACCGCGUCAGACGAGGGUACUGAGAAGACCAGGAUCCCGCGCGCGGGCGGUACGACGGAGCCCGCGCCAGGAGCAGACCCCGUCAACGGGCGCAAGCGGUCCAGGGAGCCCGAAGAGCAGACUCACGACCGCAACCUGCACGAAUCGACUACAUUGCGCGACCACGAGCCAAAUAGACAGAAUGGCGUGGUGGUCGACAGAGGCCCUGCGCAUGAAUCCUCGACUAUCCCCCACUCUAACGGAGGGCCACCGGCAUCUCAAGACCGACACCACGGCAACGGUCACGUCUCUGCGGGACAACUCCCGCCGCCUCCCCAUCACUCACAACCACGCCAUCCGCAUCCCCUGCCCCCUGCCCCUCGACCGUUCCCUCGCCGCGAUAGCGCCAGCCGGGGAAGUAAGCCGGGGCAACCGGUGGAUCCGAUCCAGCAACGGAUCGACGAGAUUGUACAACAGAACAUGUCCUCCCACGGGUCUCCGAGCUCUGCUCGAUCUGAGCGACGGCCAAUUGACCGUCAUCGCAGCGACUGGGACGUAGAAUCAGACGAGCGCAGACGACGCCCGUCUGCUGGUGGCAGGAAACCGUCCUACGAAGAACAUUCGAGCCACUCCCGUGCACCACCUCCACCUGCUCCUCCACCUCCACCUCCGCCACCUCCUCCGGAAGAAGCCCGACCACCGUCACCGAAACCAACGAGAGCCGUUGAAAAUGACGAUGAGGGUGGAGGAAGUGAGGAGGGCGAGCUUUGA